AUGAAGUUGUGCACCGCGUUCGUCUUCUUGUGUGUUGUGGGCACUGCGCUGGCCGCCACCACGCUCAACCUCAACAGCCAGCUGAAGGGCAGCCUGGUGGAGGGCUCCCAGCAGUACACCUUCUCCUACUCGCACGACACCAGCUCCAAGUACCAGUUCAUCUACGUGCUGCCCGAGCUGAGCACGGACGCCGACCACCCGGUGGUGACCAUCGACAAGACCAACGUGCUCGACUUCCAGGCCAACAUCCAGUGCUCGGCGUCGGCCAGCUCGAGCGAGAGCCAGGUCAAGUGCGCCUACUCGUUCCAGGGCUGCGUGAAGACGACCGAGCCCGAGCUCUACACGAUCACCGUCAAGCCGCCGGGAGUUGCCACCACGGCCAACCUCAACUUCACCAUCGGCUCGCUCAACGUCGCCGCAGGCCUGAGCGCCUCGGUCAAGGCCCUCACCAAGCAGACCACCUGCUGCGGCUUCGGUGGUGCCUCGUGGCACUACGUCAAGGCCUCGGGCGCCGAGGUCAUCAACUCUGUCUCGCUCACCCUCACCAAGGGCUCCCUCACCACCUCGACCCUGAGCUCGGGCACUGCGGCUCUGACCAAACUCCUGCCCCCCGGCAUCUUCGUCAUCCCCGACACCAGCUUGUGCUUCGACCUCAGCCUCGCCAGCCUGCUCAAGCUCGGCAAGGACAUCACCAACUACGCCAAGGCUCUCACCAAGUUCAGCGUUGACCUGUCGGCCGACUCCGAGACCAAAACCCUGAAGGUGAACCUCGACAGCAAGGUGGCUCUGCCCGGCGUCAGCUACUGGGUGCUCGUGGUGCCCAACUCCGACAGCAGCGCCGAGUACUCCAUCUCGACCGAGAUCUCGGGCUCCAGCACCAGCUCGGCUGCCUCCCUCUCCACCCCCUUCAGCGCCCUCUUCUAA